AUGUCCCCAUUCAAAGCUUUAUAUGGAUACAAUCCACUUCAUCUUGCAUUUCCCACUGACUGCACUACCUCUGUUGCAGUUGUGGAAGAAUAUUUGAAGGAGAGAGAUGUUGUGUUGAAAGAUUCCUUAGCUAAAGCGCGGGAAAUAAGGAAAUGGUUCGCUGACAGAAAGAGAACUGACAGAUCCUUUGAGGUAGGUGACUGGGUUUACCUGAAGCUCCAACCCUACAGGCAAUCAUCCAUUCAUGUUAGACGCAACUUCAAGCUUUCUUCUAGAUAUUAUGGUCCUUAUAUUAUUUUGGAACGCAUUAGGGAAGUGGCCUACAGAUUAGACUUGAUGGCUGGGUGUCGCAUCCAUCCAGUUUUCCAUGUGUCUCAACUGAAAAAAAAAAAAAAGAUUGGCGAAACACAGACAACAGUUCCAAUGCUACCACCAGUUGAUAACUCUGGUGAGAUUUUCCUUCUUCCAGUAGCUAUGCUUGACACGCGAACUAUCACCAAACAUGGCCACUAUGUACCCCAACUACUGAUUCAAUGGUCUCACACAACACAGGAUGCUGCUGCAUGGGAAGACCAAUCUCAUGUACGUGCGCACUUUCCAAAAUUUUCACCCUUGAGGACAAGGGUGAUCUAA